GGAAAACCUCAAAGUCUUGAUUCGUCGACAUAUAGAGGGCGCUGCCCUUGUGAGUUCAACCGGCGUCGAAAUGUCGUUCCGUUUACCUGCUUGCCCGGAUACAUAUUCAUCGUUUGAAAAACUGUGUAGAGAACUCGACGCCAAUCUAGACAGGUUAGGAGUAAGCAGUUACGGUCUGUCGGACACUACAUUGGAGGAAGUGUUCCUUAAGGUAACAAAAGUUGGCGAGUCUGCAAAGUCGCUGAGCACGGACCAAGUGUGCAAGGAGUACGAUCCCGCGCCGCCGUUCUGCCAAAAGCUGGCCGGCUUCUUCCGAGCUUUUCAUGACGGUAAGGACGACCGGGUGUCGAGCAACUUCCACAACAAGGACUACAAGGACAACGCCGAGACCUCAGAGGAGACCGGCCGCCUAACACAGGAUAGCUUCAUGAGCCACCGGCCAGACGUGGAUCUACCCGCACCGGUGUCAAAGGAAGUUGUAAUCGGUGCGCUGCUACAUCGCCGUCAGCUCGCGGCUAUGUAUCGUCGACGGUUGCAGCGAAAUACUCGUAAUCUAAAGGGGCUAUUCUGCGAAAUCAUUCUGCCUGCAUUUUUUGUCUUUCUCGCCCUCUUGUUCACGCUACUUAUCCCGCCACUGUCCGAGGAGCCCUCGUUAGAACUCCUCCCCUGGCUAUACGGCCCACCCAACAACGUCUUCUUUAGCAACGAAGACAACAUGGAUCCUCUGAAUGAGAAAUAUGUGGACACGCUACUGUCAAAACCUGGACUAGGGAUCCGCUGCAUGAAGAGCGUCCGACUACAGGACAUGCAGUGUAGGUCUGACUUGUUGACCAACACAUCGACCUUAGCAGAGCCGUACGACCUUGUGGCUGCCAACCAUGUUGAGACGUGCGAUUGUUCCGUGGGCACUCUCAAAUGCCCCCACGAACCACCGGCCCCUCCCUCGCUCAUUACACCUACAACAGAUGUCCUACUCAAUAUGACUGGACGAAACAUAUCCGACUGGAUUGUGAAAACCUGGAAACAAUAUCACAAAAGACGUUAUGGUGGCUUCCAGUUCGGCGUUAAGAAUCCUGUGGUUUCGCUUAAUUAUACGGUUUUACAGUUACUCGUCGAGCGAAUGUCCGAAAUGAGCGGAUUGGAUUCGCACGCUACGUUUGACAUUCUUGCUCAAAGGAUCACAAGCACACAGGUGCUCAACAACGCUAAAGUCUGGUUCAACAAUAAGGGCUGGGCUUCUUCCGUGGCCUACAUGAACGCCUUGAACAAUAUCCUAUUGAGAGCGCAUCUUCCACCAGGUGAAGAUCCGGCCGACUAUGGAAUAUCCGUGAUCAAUCAUCCGAUGAAUUUCACACAAAGUCAGCUGCAAGACGAACUCUUAAAACGCGGUGGACUGUCGCUUUUGCAUGCGACGUGUGUUAUCUUCGCGAUGUCCUUCGUGCCGGCAUCAUUCGUCAUGUUUCUGAUCGAGGACCGAGUGUCCGGUAGCAAACAUCUGCAAUUUGUGUCCGGUCUGAAAUUAUGCCUGUACUGGCUGGGCCAGUACUCCUGGGACAUGUGCAACUAUAUCAUUCCGGUCUUCCUGUGUGUGUUCAUUUUUAUGGCGUUCAAUGAAGAAGCAUACGUCUCCAAAGAUAACAUCGGAGCGUUAAUUCUGCUUCUUCUUCUGUACGGAUGGUCUUCAAUACCUCUCAUGUACCCAGCCUCGUUCUUAUUCGAUGUACCCUCCUCGGCAUUCGUUUCACUGUCCUGUGGUAACAUGUUCGUCGGCAUCGUGUCCACCGUGGCAACCUAUGUUCUCGAGCUAUUUGAUGACGACGAACUCUUAUCUAUUGCCAGAAUUCUACGAAAGGUAUUUCUCGUCUUCCCACAGUAUUGUCUCGGCAGAGGCCUAAUGGACAUGUUUGCUAAUCACCUUACCGCGGCCGCUUUGGCCCGUUUCGGCCUUAAGACGUUUCGGCAUCCGCUAGAAUGGGAAUUCCUUGGCUUAAAUCUUGUGUGCCUUGCUGGUCAAGGAAUUGUCUAUUUCAUCUUUGUCCUGUUACUUCAAUAUCGAUUUUUCCUCACGAAAAGACAAAUUCGGGUAAUGUUUGAUGCUUCGGAGCCGAUGGACGAGGAUGUGGUAAUGGAAAGGCAGCGAGUUCUCGGGGGAUGUGCGCAGGACUGCAUUCUUCGAGUUGAAAACCUCACUAAAGUUUACCGGGAGGGUCAGCACGCUGCCGUCAACCAUCUUUGCGUUGGCGUAAACCCUGGCGAAUGUUUCGGUCUUUUAGGUGUUAAUGGCGCGGGAAAAACAACCACAUUCAAAAUGCUAACCGGUAACACCACAAUCACAGGCGGCAACGCUUUCAUAUGCAAUUACAGUGUGAAGACUGAACUUGAUAUGGCUCGGCAGCAGGUAGGGUACUGCCCCCAGUUCGAUGCGAUCGACCCCCUAUUAACGGGCUACGAACAUCUCGAAUUUUAUGCUCGUCUUCGUGGAGUGCCUGAAAAGAACGUUGCCAGAGUGGCUGACUGGGGCAUACGCAAGUUGGGUCUUCGAAUGUUCGCACACCGUUGCGCGGGGACAUAUUCGGGGGGUAAUAAACGAAAGCUAAAUACAGCUAUUGCUCUGGUCGGCAAUCCACCUUUGGUUUUUUUGGAUGAGCCGACAACGGGUAUGGACCCAAAGAGUCGUCGAUUCCUCUGGGACUGUAUCAUUGACAUAGUAAGAGAAGGCGGAAGAUCGGUGAUUUUGACUUCGCAUUCGAUGGAAGAGUGCGAGGCUCUUUGUACACGCCUGGCCAUAAUGGUCAAUGGACAAUUCCGCUGUCUUGGUUCAAUACAGCAUCUGAAGAAUAAAUACGGGGCUGGCUACACCGUCACCUUAAAGAUUGCCACCGACGUCAAUACCGUAAUUAAUUACAUGGAACGCGUGCUUGGUGGCAAGGCACUGUUAAAAGAACACCAUUUAAAUCAGAUGCAGUACCAGAUCGAUCCAAGUGUCCCCUUAGGCGAUAUAUUCCGACACCUGGAAACUGCCCGCGCAAGCCCCGCCGGAAUCGAAACACAGGUUGAUUCCUUUAUGGCCGACAGUAGCUUAACUGCCAUUGAGUUCCUACCAUGUCUCCUCGAGGAUUACAGCGUGACGCAGACCACCCUCGAUCAGGUAUUUAUAAAUUUCGCUAAGCAACAGGGUGACGUCUCCGCUCCAGAACUGCCUAGACAUAGUCACCAGCACAGCUUCUCGGGAAAACCCUCCAACGGAAGAGGCAUGCUCAGGAAAAACUCGAAAAGAGCUCAAGCUGAUGUCGAGCUUCGCGUUAUUGACGCCGCUCUCGAUCAAAGCAGUAUUGCUCGAGUGUGAAUUUCAACAACACUCCUAACGUCUAUCGAUUGUAGGCAUAACAAUCUCAAAAAGAAAACGACGAAUGAAUGGUAUAUUAGCGAAGUAUCGAGCAACGCUCAUACAGCGUUCAGCGUCGUAAUGUCAGCGUGAGCAAUGCAGAUGGAAUAAGCCAGCCAAUCAAUUUAAGCCUAGUACCCUGGAAUGAUCAUCAAUCAGCAUUCAGUGAUAUAUAGUAAUUUAGUGAACUAGCAGAAGAUAGAUACGGAUAGGACGCCGCUGUCUUUUGCAGGAGGAAAAGUAAGGGCCUAGGUAACGCUAGUGACAGUCGUGAUCACAAUGAGUGGCCGUGAUAAAUGUUACUUUCAUUGUAUGUUAUGAAAGUUUAUUUCUGAUGCCGUCAACUAGGUCGCAGCACCGACUGGGAGAUAAUACCCGAGGGACGAGAACGAAUCUGCUGAUCCAAACCGGCAGUGGUGGUGGCUGUCAUGGUAACAGGGUGGGGAAAAUGGCAGGAUUAAUUCGGUGAAAAUGUAGAUCGGAUUUUAGACUACUGUUAUAAGAGGAGCAUGUCUUCUAGCAGAAAAUCUAAGCUGUUCAAGCCCAUAUGCCCACACAAACAAACCAAAACAUUUACACACACACGCAAAAACCCUUUCGUAUACAUCACGAGUUAUAUGAAGAAGAGAACAGCGACGAUCGUCGGUUUCAGCAAGUGCAAGCCUUUCGUAUUGCUGUUUUGAACGAGCUGUAUAAAAGACAACGACGAAAAUCACAGAGCAGCCAAACGUCAUCAUUUUCCGAUUUUCUAUAGCUUGUCUUCAGCGAGCCAAUGAUUUUCGCAAGUAGGAAUAUUGAAUGACGAGGUCGUUACGAGUAGGACGAGUAGAAAAAUCUGAACAAGUGUUUUGCCUGUCUAAUGGACAUCUACGUUCUACGAUUAAAGUUGAUUUCUGUGCACGGUGUGCCGUUUACGUUUGUCUGAAGGUGAAAAUACGCCUCUAGAAAUGGAAUAUGAACAAUUAGAAAAACGAAUGGAAUGAUAACUAUCUAGUUCUGCGCGAUACGUGAUGUUCCUCGUCCGAUUGUGAUUUUUGGGUUAUUAGGAUAUUUACUAUGCAGAUAGACGAUUUGACUAGCUAGUAAUCUAAAUACAGGCAAAUAAAUCUGCGAAGUGUAUUUAAAUGAUACGAGUGAUGCAUGACGACGACGACGCUAACCUUGUCGAGUCUUGAGCGGCAGCGCUCUGGACCCGAACGUCCGGUUGAUGUUUUAUUUUAGGUAAAUUGGUAAAGGACUGUUUUUGCGUACUAGAGAAGCGUUGUUUACCUGAUUGGCAUAGUUGUAGCUAUGAAGGGCAAUUCGUAAACACGUUUGAAAUUUGCAUUUAGAUCCAACGCGUGACAAGUUCCUACUCUUAAUGGCCGAAAUAUAUUUCACAAAGUUACUCGCGACAAUCACUAUAAUACUUCUGGCAUGCAAAAAAUCGUUUGCGCAAUUAGCGCGAGUGACAUUCUGCUUGCUCGAUAAUAAAUUAGGGCCCGUACAAGGAAACUUCUCAAGGUUCCUACCCUCCAGAAUAGGUAACCGCCUUAAUAUGCUUCGUAAAGCGCCGUCUAAUGGCUUCAAGAGUGGUUUGAAAAGUGUUCGCAAAACGACGUUUCCACAAAAAAGUGAGCGCCAGGAUGCCUGGUGGGGAAAAACAAACAACGAAGUUUCAAAUCACGAGACGAAGCUGAAGGACCCACGUGGGUUGCGAGCGAUAUACAGUCGAUAAUGAACAGCCAACACACGUGCUCGGUCAAGACAGGAAAGGUCGGUCUUAAUUUUUUCCAGGCGUACAAUGUGAUAGUAGAUAUUGAUCGUAGAGUGAGCAAUCUCCGUAGGCGAAGCAAUGGCACAACAAAAAAGUUUUUAUUAUUAUUAAAAGAAGAAGAUAGCCGUUAAAAAUAUGAUGGCUCUAAUUCCUGAUAGUACUAUCAUCGAAGGGUUGCCUACAACAGUAUCAGUAAUCUGUACACUUUAGCUUCUAUCUAGCGUAGAAAAAAUCGCCUAUUUGUAUCCACAGUACGACUGCAGCGCGCUAAUAAUAAUCAUAUGAAUGAUGGCGGUACGAUAGACCGACGACGACGGCGACGGCGAUCGUGAAGGUAGACGCUUAGCUGGCAGCCAGAACAGACGACCUGUCCCAUUAGUAUCAUAAUUGUACUAGCCCGUCAUAAAUGCUGAAUCGUACGUGCGCAGAAAUGGCCAGGAGACCAAAGAGUCGCUGAGUACCUAUUUCGGACGACGUUGAGUUUAUAUAGUUUGUUUAUUGUUAUUAUCAUUAAGAAUACUUUUAUAGUGAUUAAAUUGUGAUCGAAGUUUGCGGCCGGACCUACGGCUGACGCGACCGUAAUGAUAUCAAUAUUGACGGAUGAAGUUUUAGACGAGCCUAAUGCUAACGAGCGACGCAGACGAAACAAGAAGGAGGGGAACCAUUGAUUAUAUUCAGUCACUUUAUUAAUUACAGUAUAUUCUAAGCUUAUAAGUAGCGUUAGUGAUAUGUAGUAUGAUGAUAAAAUAUAAAAAAUAAUAACAUCUAUAAUGAAUAUGAUCACUCCUAACGAUGAUGAUGAUGCAGAUGACAAAAAAUAUACGGACUGCGUCAAUGUUGAUUUGGUGCGCGUGGCCUCGUAUGUGCCAGCCGUUAGUGAGUGUACGAAAAAAGCCUUCUCGAUACACAAAUAUAAAGGGAGAGUAAGGCUGUUUAGCUUUGGGCGAAACGUUGUUGUCUGCAAUGAAGGCUUCAAAGAGCUUAAUCGGAAUCAUGAAAACGCCUAAAGGACGACAGAUCGACCACCAGCCACUGUUUCCAGCUCAGGAAGAUGAUAAACAAAUGUCUGAUUUUUCUCCGAUAGUAGGCAGGGCAAGAUUUUUACUCAAUCAAA